AUGGGUGAUACGAAUGGACAAGUAGUAGCUGGUGGCAAUGGCGAAGGAAAUCAAUUGGAUCAAUUGAAUGGUCCAACCGAUGUGUUGAUUGACAAAGAGACGGAUAGUCUCAUUAUUUGUGAUUCGGAGAAUCGACGAGUCGUACAAUGGUCUCGUCGUAGUGGCACAACUCAAGGAGAAAUCCUCGUCGACAACAUCUCGUGUUGGGGAUUGACCAUGGAUAAUCAGAGAUAUCUCUACAUCUCUGACCCCGUAAAAUAUGAAGUAAGACGAUAUCAAAUAGGAGACAAGAAUGGAACUAUUGUGACUGGUGGCAAUGGUCAAGGUGCUGGUCUCAAUCAACUCAACGGGCCGACCUACAUCUUUGUCGAUCAACAACAGACUGUCUACGUGUCAGACUACACCAAUCAUCGUGUAAUGAAAUGGAAUCAAGGUGCAAAAGAAGGAAUUGUCGUCGCUGGAGGUCAAGGCCCAGGGAAUGCUCUGACACAAUUGUCGUAUCCUAAUGGACUGUUCGUCGAUACAUUGGGUACCAUCUAUGUGGCAGACUCGAAUAAUCAUCGAGUGAUACGUUGGCCUAAAGGAGCGAAACAGGGCACUGUCAUUGUAGGUGGAAAUGGUGACGGAGAAGGAGCAAAUCAGUUCAACGGUCCCGUGGGUUUGUCCUUCGAUCGACAUGGCAAUCUCUAUGUCGUCGAUCAUUACAAUCAUCGUGUUCAAUACUUUUCAAUCUAAUAGACUCAUCGUGAUAGAUUUUUUUUUGCGUUUCUUUCGUUUCAAAUAAAUUGCAUUGAAUUGAUGAAAUGAAUGGCUUAUUCUAUUCGCGCGCGCGCGACCAGGAACCAUCCUGGUGGAGCCGUGGCGAGCGUAACGCUCAUGCACGCACAGGACAGACUCAUAUCAUUCAUACCCUCCCCGCGAGAGAUAUGUCAAUGAGUCUGAAUAAGCCUGGUCGUGUGCCACGGACACCAAGACAGUUCCUGGCCGAGCUUUUAGGGACUACCCGGAAGUCCUUCAUAAAAGACGAAACCCUAACCCUCAACGGGCAGAACUCAUCCUCAUCUCCCACUAACACUCACUAUGCUAAGGCUCACCCUAACCUCGCUCAAUCUCAUCUCAAAAAAAAAAUAAUAAUAAUAAUUACUCGCGUAUUUUGGUGUUGGACGACGAUAAAGACGGCACGAUGAUGUUGAGGACUAAAAGAAAAAAAAAUUAUUAAUUGCAGAUAAAUGUAUCGAAAAGAAAAGAAUAACUUACCUCACUAUUAUCUGUUUCGUUGACUUUCCAAUACCUAAAAUCAAGAAAAAAAAUUAAUUAAAAAAAAAUCCACUUACUUGAAAAAUUUAAUAACUAUAACAAAAAAAAUGUAUAAAAAGAAUCAAAUCAAUAAGAAAAAAGAAAAAGAAAAACGAUUAAAACUUAUACCUACAUUUUUUUAAUUGCAUUGUAUUGUCUUGUUUUGUUUUCUUUGGUAUCGUCGAUAUUGGUCUAAAAUAUAAAGAAAAAUUAUUAGUAUUUGAUUCAAUAAAUUGAAUGAUUCUACAUAGAAAAUCAUUCAUAUAUAUACCCUCGAAAAGGUUAUUGGGAGAAAAAUUCAAUUCUUUUUUUUUAGUGUGUGAUUAACAGACGUCUAAAAUUAAGCUUUCAUCGGGUCACACACAUCCAUUGAGAUAUAGUCAAUCACAGAUAUCUCAAUUAGGGGUGGCACUUUAUCUUUACUUUAUCAAGUAAAGUAAAGUUGGGUUACUUUACUUUACUGGAUAAAGUAAAGUAAUCCUACUUUACUUUAUCGGAUAAAGUAAAGUUGG